GCCACCCGCGCCGCCAGGACCCCAAUCCAAGAUGGCGGCGCCCGUGGGGCGGCGGUUGUGCGGCCUAGUCGGCCGGUGGAGCCUGGGCGUCGCGUCCGGGGCGCGGCCACCUCCCCCGGCCCUCCGCACGGCCGCGGCCGCCUACCACGCCAGGCCCCUGGGCCUGGACCUCAGCGGUCAGUACGUGGCCGGGCCCGACGCCCCCGAGUGGCAGCGCGGCCCCCGGGCCGAGCGUCGCCGGUUCGCGGCCGCCGGAGCCGCCUCCGGGGUCCCCGCCGCCGCCCUGUGGCCCGGGCCCGGGGAACUCAGCCUCCUCCGGGACCGGGAGCGCGGGGAGCCCGGCCUGCAGCAGAUGUGGAGCAGCGUCCGCGACAGGGAGGCCGAGCGGCGGCAGAGGGAGCGCUACAGACAAAAGCUGAUUGCAGCAAACAUGGCCAAGAUGCCCAAGAUGGUUGAGGAAUGGAGGAGGGAGAAGCGGGAGGCGAAGGUGAAGCAGCGGGAGGAGAAAGCCAAGAGGGAGCGGCUGCUGGCCGAAGCCCGAGAGCGAUUUGGCUACAGCAUCGACCCACGGAACUCCAAGUUUCAGGAAAUGGUGAAGGAACUGGAGAAAGAGGAGAAGAAGCAACAGAAACUAAUGAAGAGGCGACAGAGAGCGGUCAGCAGGACUGAGGCAGAGGCAGCAGCUGCCACAUCUUAAAACCACGUGCCUGUGUCCUGCUAGCAUUUGGACAAGGCCCAAACUAUUUCCAUUAAUCUGCAUGAACCAGCAUUUGUGAGGACUUAAUGUAUCUGAGAUGUUCCCAUUCUUGGUGGCCCCAGGCACUUGUAAUGCCAAGAGCAAAUAAAGUUAAAUUACAAGAUCACA